UAUUGUCUUAUUGCUGCGUUUUGCUUUUUCUUGCAGCUUCACAAUGGCAGUUGUCAUUGGACUUUUAAUGCUGUUGCCAGCUGCACUGACAUGUCCACCCCAAAAAGCAGACUAUGUGAUGGUGUCCUGUUUCCCCAACACUAUUAUUGCCAAUGUGCCUGAGUGUCCGUAUGGGUGGGAGAUCGAGCAGUUGUCUUUGGGAGGCGUGUGUUAUUCGGGCGUCCACAGUCCGGGGUACUAUCGCUUCAUCAUCCCAGACCUGACGCCAAGGAACCACUCGUACUGUGCCACCCAGUCAGAGUACAUUCCUGGCAAAGACCCCAAGUACAUCUUCUAUAACUCCAUUGUGUCCAAUGAUACAACUCUCACAGUGAGAAACCAGCCUGUAAACUACACGUUCAGCUGUAUGUAUCGAGCUGCCUACCUAGUGAAUAACGCUGUGUUUAGUCAGAGAGUGGCUACAGUUUAUGUGAACAACGGCAGUAUAGGCACUUUUAGGUCACAGUUAUCUCUGAAUGUGUUCACGAACUCCAAAUUCCUAUAUGCGAAGGAUGCUCCGUACAUCAUUGACACUUCUGAGAUCGGCUCUGAAGUCUUCAUUGGCAUUGAGGCUAAAGGGCUCAGUGGGAGAUUCAGAGUCGUGAUCAACAACUGCUGGGCCACUCCAACUCCAUACUCAACUGACAGAAAAAGGUGGAGCCUGAUCAUUAACAGCUGUGCAUCGGACCACACAGUGACAAUAUUUGAAAACGCCAAAGACAGCCGCUCCAUGUUUAAGUUCAACUCAUUUCGGUUUCAGCGCUUGGAGAAGGUCUCGACUGUGUGGCUGCACUGUGAGGUCCACAUCUGCGACAGUGAGAGGCUCAACUGUAUCCCUAGCCCAUGUUCAACCAGGAGCCUCACUCCACAGCCCGACCCAAACGGAGGAGUUCUCACAACAGAGUUUCUUGUAAGAGGGAUAUCGCUGCUCGUGCUGAUGGUGGUCCUCAUAAAUACAUUUUUUGAUUUGUAA